CUGUGUAACCAGGAAAUUCAUUAUAGUUUUAACAUGAAGUCUGUUUUGUUGAUGUUAUAAACUGUUCAUUGAUGGAAACUUGAGUGUAAAACUGUUCAUGACAACUGCAGUCCUAAAGUUAUCAAGUCAACUGUAGUCCUCAGACAUAAAUGUAUUGCUGUAAGUGUCCAGAGCGUCUUCCAAGUGCGACUUUCCACUGUCCAUAUGGAGCCGUCCUCAACAGGAGCAAUGUGAUGAGACUCCAGCCAGAAGUAGGGCAUCAGGAUGGAUCAGUUCAACAAUGAUUGGGUUUGAAAUUCUGCAUGUGUCCCUCUGUGUCAUGGGUUUGCUCUCAGAGACUCUGUGCUCUUUAACUGUGGAGGUGGAAGCUGGAGAUAACGCCACUGUUUGGUGCCAACAUGAGCUGAGUGAUACAGGUUACAUUGUCUGGUUUAAACACACAAGUGCUUCGGUUCCACUUCUUCUUGGGUGCAAAAAGUUUAGGACAUCAGCUCCAGCACAAAACUGUUACUUCUAUAAUGAAAUUGAGCGAAUAGUGAUGUCUGUUCAUGGCAAGAACACGUCUCUCACUAUCACCGCAGUAAAUGUCUCUGAUACAGGACUGUAUUACUGCAGCUUCAUAGAUCUGGACCAAGUGAACUUUAGGAACUCGACCUUUUUACAAGUGAAAGACAGAAAUAAAACACUUUCUGAGAACCUGGACAGAGCCAAAGAUUCAGUCUCUUGUCCUGUGUUCUUCAUACUGAAUGUGGUGUUUAGUGCAGUGAUUGUGAUUCUUCUCAGUGUCCUGAUCUUCAUCAUACUGAAGCACAGAGAGACACACAAAGGUGCUGGAGCAGAAGAUAACGAGGAUCUGGACUCGGACUCGUUGCGUUACGCUGCACUACAGUUCUCAAAGAAGAAAACCAAGAGGAGCGAGAGACGUGAUGAAAAUGUGUAUCAACAUGUUCUCUAUUUUUCUGUCAGACAAAGUAAUGUUUGUACAUAAUGUUAUAUAUCAGUUACUGUUUACUAAAUAUGAAACAGAUGUUUCUGAUGCUCUGAGGUUGAAGGGAUUCGACCUUUUAUAAUCUCACAGUUACAGAAUAUGGGAUUGUAAAACUGCAAGAGCUUCAGGAUUCUGCACAUUUCUUUUUACUAUAGACCUUGUAUUAAGUCUCUCAGUUUAUCAUCCAGUGUAAUAAUAAAUUCAGGUGUAAAUAUACUAUUCAAAAAAAGUAGGGGAUAUUUUAUUUUGAGAUCCAAAUUUUCACAUAUACAAAGAGAUACGAAAGCAUGUUGUAUAGUUCCUUACUGAGGAAGCAUUUCCAAAGAAAUUCAUCACCCAAACACAUCAAUGACACUCUCAUGAUCAGCACGGGAUGCUACUGAUGAUCAAGGGGGUCGUGCCACAAAUUUGCAUGACUCUGAAUUGGAAGGUUAGAGCCACUCCAAAGGAAGAUUUUGAAGAGAAAGCAUCAGAUUAUCAGUGGUUGAAGUCGUUAAUUAAACAGAGACCAUGCGCCGUCUAACACAGGAUGAGAGGUUACGUGCCCUUGGCAUGCUACAGGUUGGCACAAGACAGGUCGUUGUGGCAAGAGCAUUGAAUGUUUCCCAGUUUGUCAUCAGCAGAUUAUGGUCCAGACAUCGUGCUACAGGGUCUGUUCAGGAUAGACCACGAUCCGGUCGACCAAGGGCAACAACUCAGGCUCAGGACAGAUUCAUCCGCACUAUUGCCUUGAGAAAUCGUAUGGUAACAGCAAAUCAGAUAAGGUCUCAACUUUGAAAGGAUACUGGCUUGGUAGUGAGUGGCCAGACCAUCAGGAAUCGACUGCACAGAUUUCACUUACACGCCCGACGUCCUCGUGUCAUUCCCUGUUUGAGGGAUCGUCACAUUAGGGCCAGACUCCAAUGGUGUCGUCAUCAUCAACGCUGGAAUAAUCGCCGAUGGAACCACAUAAUGUUCUCAGAUGAGUCGAGGUUCACUGUGGACUUCCUGGACAGACGCAGGAGGGUUUGGCACCGACGUAACGAACGUUUCCAUGACGUUAACGUCAUUAGACAUGAUCCGUAUGGGGGUGGCUCUGUAAUGGUGUGGGGAGGCAUCACUGCUGCCGGCAGAACAGACUUGCAUGUUGUUGCUGGACAUGUCACAGGGCAGUACUACCGGGACAACAUCUUGGCACCCCAUGUUGUGCCGUUUGCACGUCGUUAUGGCCGCCGUUUCAUUUUCCAAGAUGACAAUGCCAGAUGUCAUAGGGCCAGGAUCGUUACAGAUUACCUCCAGCAGCAGAAUAUCACCAGAUUACCAUGGCCAGCACUCACUCUGGACCUUUCCCCCAUCGAGCAUGUCUGGGACAUGCUUGGACAGCGGCUACGCCAACGUCAACAACCUCCUUUCAAUGUCCAAGAACUUGCUGCAGCAUUGCAACAGGAAUGGAAUAACAUUCCCCAAAAUGACCUGGGACGUCUCGUUAGGAGUAUGCCACGCCGAAUUCGAGCUUGUCUAGCCAACCGAGGGGGUUUUACCCGCUACUGACUCGGUUUCAAAAUGGUGGUAAAUUUGCUGUGUAACCCUGUGUUUGUGUUGACCCUUAUUCUGGAGAAUCUGUCCUUUACUGACUGUACACAGGGUUUCGAAUAAAUUGACAAAUGUUUCCUUAAUGUUUUUCUGUCAUUUGUUUCC